AUGCCUCCACCGCCGCAUCAAAAGCCCGAAAAUGUACUGAAGCGCGCCCACGAACUCAUCGGUGUCAACCAGGUGCCCGCGGCCCUGACCCUUCUGCACGAGCACAUCACCAGCAAGCGCUCCCGAAAUGUGCCCAUCGCGUCGCUCGAGCCGGUGAUGCUCCUCUUGGUGGAGUUGUCCGUCGAGCAAAAGAAGGGAAAACUGGCCAAGGAUGCCCUGUACCAGUACAAGAACAUCUCGCAAAACACCAACAUUGCCACUAUCGAGCUGGUCCUGAAAAAGUUCAUCGAACUCGCCGUCGACAAGGUCACUGCCGCUCAGCAAAAAGCCGACGAGGUUCAAUCCAGCAUCGAUGCUACCGCGGCCACCUCCAACAUCGAUGACUUGGAAGCGAGCGAGACGCCCGAGUCGAUCCUCCUCGCCACCGUCUCUGGCGAACAGUCCCGUGAUCGUACCGACCGUGCCAUCGUCACUCCUUGGCUCAAGUUUCUUUGGGAGGCCUACCGCACUGUUCUGGAUAUUCUCCGCAACAAUGCCCGUCUCGAAAUUCUCUACCAGAGCACGGCCAUGCAGGCCUUUGACUUCUGCCUCAAGUACGCCCGCAAGACGGAAUUUCGAAGACUUUGCGAGCUUCUCCGCAACCAUGUCCAGACGGCGGCCAAGUACUCCUCGCAGAUGCACGCCAUCAACCUGAGCGACCCCGACACUCUCCAGCGCCAUCUGGAAACCCGUUUCCAGCAGCUGAACGUUGCCGUCGAACUCGAGCUGUGGCAGGAGGCCUUUCGCAGCGUCGAGGAUAUCCAUACCCUGCUCAACCUCAGCAAGCGCCCCCCCAAGAACAUCAUGAUGGCCAACUACUACGAGAAGCUCACUCGCAUCUUCCUGGUCGGCGAAAACUAUCUCUUCCACGCCGCCGCCUGGUCGCGAUACUAUACUCUGCUUCGACAGUCGUCUGCCCUGAUGGCCAGCGGCCAAGGCAAGAAGUCGGACAACCCGCCCGCUUCGGAUGCGGACCUCCAGAAGGCCGCUUCCUUCGUCCUUUUGUCUGCCCUCGCCAUUCCCGUCAUCAGCACCACGCGGUCGCGCGGUGCCAUGGUGGACUUUGACGAGGCCAAGAAGAACAAGAACUCGCGCCUCACCCACCUCCUGGGUAUGGCUCAAGCCCCCACCCGUUCUCGUCUCUUCCGCGACGCGCUGUCCAAGUCCCUCGUCAACCGCGCUCGGCCCGAGAUCCGUGAUCUUUACAACAUCCUCGAGGUCGACUUCCAUCCCUUGUCCAUCUGCAAGAAGAUCUCGCCCAUUUUGACCAAGAUCGGUGCCGAUGCCGAGAUGGAAAAGUAUAUUGUCCCUCUCCAGCAGGUCAUCCUCACCCGGCUCUUCCAGCAGCUGUCUCAGGUGUACGAGACCGUCGACCUCAACUUUGUCGAGAGCCUUGCCCAGUUCCCCGAGGCCUACCAGGUUACCCGUGGCACGAUUGAGAAGUUCAUCAUGAACGGCAACAAGAAGGGAGACCUCUCCAUCCGCAUGGAUCAUGCCACUGGCGUCCUCAGCUUCGACAGCGACGUCUUCUCCUCCUCCAGGGCCGGCCACACCGGCUCGGGCGCCGGCUCCGCCGAGUCGGAGACAGGCACCGUCCAACGCCUGCAAAGCACGCCUUCGGAGAUUGUUCGAUCCCAGCUGACGCGCCUCGUCCGAUCCCUUUACACGACCUGUCACUACAUCGAUCCCGAUUUCAACAAGGAGCGCUUGGCUGCACGCAAUGCCGCCCUGGCUCGCGCGAAGGCAGGCGCCGCCAAGGAGCACCUCGAGAUUCUGAAUCGCAAGGACGUAAUCCAGAAGCGCAACGAGGAGGCGUCGGAGAUUCAGGCCAAGCGAGAGCGUGAGAACGCUCGGCAGAAGCGGCUCCGGGAGCAAGCUCUGCAGGAGGCUGAGGACAAGCGCCUGGCAGAUGAGCUGAAGGAGCGCGAGGCCAGGCGAAUCAAGGCUGAGCACGACCGUGUGCGCAAGGACGAGCUCAAGAAGCAGAUUGCGGAUCUCAAGAUGAGCGACAAGGCGCUCGACAUUGAUCUUGACGAUCUGGACAACCUUGACACCAACCGUCUCCGCGCCAUGAAGCUCGCCCAGCUGGAGCGCGAGAAGAACGACGUCAACGAGAAGCUCCGCGUCACUGCCCGCCGUAUCGAUCACUUGGAACGAGCCUACCGUAAGGAAGAGGUGAAGAAGCUUAGCGACGACUACGCCAAGCAGGUUGAGCAGGACCGUGCCGUCUACGAGAAGUUGACGGCCAAGACUCUUCGGGAGGCCGAGGAGAAUCACAAGGCGAGCGUCGAGCUCAAGCACCGCCUCAGCCGCCUCGUUCCUCUGUACGAGAAGUUCAGAGGAUCCCUGCACGAGAGGCGCCGUGAUGAGUUUGAGAAGCGACGCAGGGAUGCCGAGCGCGAGCUGGAGAAGCAGAUCCUGGCUCGAAAGAAGGAGUUCCGAGAUCGCAAGUUGCGGGAGAAGCGGGAGCGUGAGGAGCGUGAGCGUGAGCUUCAGGAAGCCGAGGAGCGCGCGGCCCGCGAGAAGGAAGAGCAACGCAUCCGCGACGAAGCUAGAAAGGCCGAGCUGGCGAAGCUCAAGGAGCAGCGGGAGUCCGAGCGACAGGAGAUGCUGGAGAAGGCGGCCCUGCAACAACGUCGCGAGGAGGAGGCCCUGGCUCGCCGCAGGGCAGAGAAGGAGAGGGCACCAUUCGGCUCCGCCAAGACGGAGACGGCGGAGGGGCGAAGACCGCCUGUUAUCGGUUCUGGCAGCUGGCGCGACAAGGAAAUGGCAAAGGCCAACGAGGGUGCUGCGCAGUCUCGAGCCGGUCCCCCCAUGGAGCGGACCGACUCGCAGGACCGGCCGUCCGCCGGCGGUCCGCCCCGACUCCAGCUGGCUGGCGGAACCAAGUCGAGCUGGAGAGAUCGCGAGGCUGCCAAGGCCACGUCCGGCGAGUCCCCAGCUGCCGCUGCCGCGGAGGACGCCCCCACUCCUCCAACGAGGUCUUUUGGAUCCCGCGAUGCACCAUUGGAGCGUGGUGCUUCGAACCGUGGCGCGAACGGCCGAUCGGAAUCACCAGCUGCUUCUGCGGAACCUCUCCAGUCCCGGGCACCCGGGAAGUGGGUUCCUCCUCACAUGAGAAACAAGGCAUGA